CCAAACGCUUCCGCCUUGCAAAAGUAAAAUGUAGUAGUUUGAGUUUUGAAGGACGUCGUUUUCCAUCAUAUUUUUCGAGGAUAAAUUGGAUUAAUAGCAUUAAUGUGAAUUUGCAAACAUGUUUCCUGGGAGUAAAGCUUCAGACGACAACGGCCUUUGGCAGUCCUGCAUUGGAAUAACAGCUCUCAAUACCAGCUCGGGCGGAUUUGCUCGCAAACCACUGGUAAUGCCAGAACUGAAACCCCAGAACCCGUUCACAGGGAACGGUCUACAGGGCUCGGUACCAUCCUCGCCUGAGACGGACUGCGAGGAAAUAAAUGAUUACACAUCCAGCCACGCCGCUCUGGAAAUGGACACGCGAGAGAUUAUUGACGCUUUCUUGAAGAACUUUACAGGACUCCCUCAUUCUAAAAGCGGAAAAAAACCAGUUCUGUCAACAAUGAAGCGGGUUGUGGAAAGUCUCGCGGUGAAGCACGAACUGGCCUACAAAGGUAUGAUUGCUCGAUUAAAUCUGGAGCUGCAAGGAGAGGAUGUGAGUUUUAUCAAGACCGUGGCAACAGAGCUCUUCAGCGAUGGCAUCACAAACUGGGGUCGCAUUGCCAGUCUGCUGACGUUUGGGGCAAUGGUAUGCAAGCAUCAGAAUGACAGAGGACUUAGCAAGUGUGUGAGUCUGGUGGGGGAAGAGAUCUCUUCAUAUCUUCUCACAGCCCAAGGGGACUGGCUGCUCAAAAACAAAGCAUGGGAUGGCUUUGUGGAAUUUUUUCAUGUCCCGGAUACAGAAGCCGCUGUGAGAAACGCAUUGAUAACCCUUGGUAGCGUGGCAACUUUUGGAGCUGCACUUGCUUAUUUGAUACGGUGAAUCCAAAUGGACUUUGUGACUAAUAUUGGAAAAACAAAAAGGACUAUGCAAACAGAUUUUUUUUUUUUUU